GCCCCAAACCCGCUGCCUUCGACACCAUUUUUCUAUACUCUACAGCAAACAGCUGCAACAUGAGUCUCCUUUGACUCCCUUUACCUACGCGACUCCGACCAGGUGGCUUUGCAACGGCUCUGACGCAUGCGUUUGCAAGCUCAAGCUCCUUGGACAAAGGCUACCGACCUCUUCAACCCCCGAGCUCGAGCUACUACGACUACAAGACGCCUUCCCUUACCUCCGAUACUUAUAAGACGACGAGCCGCCGCAUUUUGGCAAGGCAGACCAGACGAUCGCGAUCGCACGCUGCAGCUUCUCUCCACCAUCUUGAACGAUCUUUACGACAUGCCGGCUAACAAGAGAGGCGCCCCGUCGUCGAAUUCGACGAGCUCGAAGAAGCGCAGGACGGACAAGGACGUGCAGAAAUACUAUGCUGUGCGCACCGGUGCGCGUCCAGGUAUUUAUCUGACCUGGGCCGAGUGCCAGAAGCAGACGGCUGGCUUUCGUGGAGCGCAAUACAAAUCCUUCCUAACCCGAGAGGAUGCGCAGGCGUUUGUGGAGGGCAAGAAGAUACCGAGCGAGGAAGGCGAAGAGAAGCCGCUGCGCUUCUAUGCCGUCGCGCGCGGCAUCUUUACGGGCAUCUUCAUGGACUGGGGAACAGCGUCACUGGCGAUCGCGGGGACCAAGGGGCCUAAGUACAAAAAGUUUGACACGUACGAGGACGCGCUGGAUUUCAUCCGAGAAUGGGGCGAUGAGCAGACAAUUGCCAUCGCGGAGAAGGAGGCUCGGCGCAACGGGAUGACGGUGCCGUCGUCGAAUAAGACCUUCGUCAAGGCCGAGAAGUCAGAGGAUACCUCCGAUUCGGAUGAUGACUCGGAACAGUCGGACGAUAUUCUCUCUGUGGAGCCGGAAACAAAGAUCUACACGCAAGUUUACACUGAUGGAAGCAGUCUGGGCAAUGGCACUGCAGGAUCCGUGGCAGGCGUGGGCGUCUAUUUCGGACCCAAUGACCCCCGAAACGUCUCUGAGCGCCUCGAAGGCGAACUCCAAACGAACCAGCGCGCGGAGCUCACCGCCAUUCUGCGGGCAUUUCAGUUGAGCCCGUUGACGCAACCGAUAGAGAUCGUGACGGACAGCAAAUACUCAAUCAAGUGCGUGACAGAGUGGUACGAGAACUGGGAGAAGAACAAAUGGCGAACCUCGACGAACAACGAGGUCAAGAACAAGGACCUGAUUCAGGCGGUGCGAGAGGAGAUUGCGAAGCGUGAUGCAGCGGGAACGAAGACGAACUUCGUCUGGGUCAAGGGACAUAACAGCCACCCGGGUAACGUAGCAGCGGACGGGCUCGCCGUCGCCGGGGCGAGUAUGGGCUUGCCGGCCAAGGGACGAAAGAAGCUCAAGUGAGGGAGAAGUCUGCUCAGCGAGAAGCGGUUCCCCGGACGACGAUGCGUACGAAGAGCUCACAGACGCUAGACAACACGUUUGUUUGCAGGUAGACGAAGUCAGUCGAGAGGCAGAAAGCGGUGACGGGCAGCGACCCUGGCGGCACCAACCGCUUCCAGCGAUCCUCGGAUAAACACCCGAUACCAUCUGUUAUCGGGUUGCAGCAGUAGAGAACUGAGGAGCAUCACGGACAACGCUACCUACACACUUGCGAGGGAGGACAGAUGUGGACAUAUGUUACGGAGGGGUCGCUUUUCGGAGGAGUUCGCAUCUCGAUGAUCGUUGUAUCAAUGGGGCGGGCAGUUUUCCAGCGUUUGCUAAUCGUUACUUUUCAUCUGUUGUGGAUGCGGCUGUAUUGUUUUGCGCGUCAUAUCCCGUUCUCGUCGAAGACCGUUCUGGCUCUUUGACAUUGUCAUCACUCGUAGACCGACUCCCUGCUGUCGUUGCAGUACGGGAUCGUCGGCGACGGCCGCAUGAUGGAGAGAGCAGCAGUCUUUUGUUUUUUCCCCCAGUGAUUUCAACGCUUACAGAUGAGCUCGGUUCGGCAAUGAUUCUGCUUAUUUUUGUUUGUCCUUGUAUGUAAACCUUGCCGUGGAUAUCCCUCAGUUUUCAUGCAACUCGGCUUCACUAUUGACCAAAGUACAUACCGACCAGCGGCUGUCUCCUUCACGGGAGAAAACAAGGUCUUUUUCAUCAGGCAUAUGUAUGUGUAUGUGAGUGUGUGUACGUGUGUAUGCUUCUCAUCGGUCUGUCUAAACCUGUCUUACUCCGUAGCGACUGUACAACAACAUCUCGCCUAGCGAAAGGUGAUUUACCGUCACCGUCUGUUUUGCUUCUUGACCAUCUCCCCCACCCUGUCAAGGUCACCGCGCCCUGCCCCAGACCUCAAAGUAUUUCUCGCCUGCCCCGGAUGAAAACCUAGGCUCUUCGCGAGUCUCUUACGACGAGACCGCAUACUACCGGUAAAGUAGCCAGCCGGUGAGUCGGUGUGAGAAGCGUGCGAGCUAGGCAGACAAUGUCCAGCUGAGGGAACCCCAUGCCGAAGAGGGGCCCAGAGAGAUUUUCAUUUUUAUUUUAUAGGGAAAUCGACUGGCCGGGCAGCUGGAUAGUCAACUUGGUAU